AUGGGUGGGGAUCACGCUCUUCUAAUUGAUCUUCUUCUUCUGAAUCAGACUCGCAUGAACUGCAAUCAGAAUGUUCGGAUUCUGAUUCUCCAUCACUAUAAUCUUCAUCUUCACAACUGCAAUCUGAAUCCUCACAACUGCAUUCUGAAUCGUCACAACUGCAGUCUAAGCGUUCACAGCUACAUUCUGAUCCCUCAUCAAUUGAACCGUCUUCAGAAUCGGAAUCAUCAGACUUAG